AUGCCGCAAAUACCAGAGCUUCAGGACGAGCUCGAAGACGGAUCGCAAACAACGAGCAGAUCAACAACCCACAGGUGCUUGGUAGGGAGAGAUGACUUCCCAAAGCCCCGGCCAAACUGUGAAUUCAAGCAGAAGUUCACACCAGAUGAUGAUGAGCUCUUAAAGCUUCUGAAACAUGAUAAGAAGGACCCUUAUCGACUGGGGUCCAAGGAUGACUCGCUGACAUGGAGGCAAAUUGCGGACUUUUUUCCUGGUCGAGCGCCAGGAACCUUACAGGUACAUUACUGUAAGGAAGUCAAUGCGAAGAAGGCACCGGAAUGGACUGAGCAAUUGGACAACAAACUGAGGGCUGCGAUGGCAGAGUAUGAGAAGGAGCGAUGGCAGGUGAUAGCGAAGAUAGUCAAGGGAAAGAACUACGCAGCGGCUUGUGAAGAACGAGCACGACUGUUACAAAAGCUAGAUCUAGAAGGGCAAAAACCACAAUAUUCCAGGAGAGACCAGGCAGAGGCUCAAUUGCAAAUGCACGAUCGAGAUCGAGAACAAGAAGACAUGGAAGAGGAACGGGCAAUGCUGGCUAAGAAUCGCAAGACGCAAGGAAGGAAGCGAAAGAUGUAA